AUGAAAUUGGAGAACGUGGACGCUACUAAAUUAAAAAUUGCUGAUUUACCAAAAUUUAAUAAAUGUCCUUGUGAACUAUGCGAUGAUGGUUGCUUUGAUCGAGCUGGCAAUGAACAUUAUCCGGAAUGUCGACGACGAGGACCACAACGAACACAAUUACCGCAAGGAGCUCGUUGUCCACUUUCACAUUAUAAAGGAUCGUUUUUAGCUGCAACAACUAUUUUCAGUGGAGCUUCUCCUCAUCGUCGUCAAGCGAUUCCACCUCCAGCUGAUAAUGAAAUACCUAUAUCAUUCAAACAUGCAUCUAUGUCUGGUAUUAGCACACAAAGAGAACAUUAUCAGCCACCACCGAACAUGCCAAAAGACAAAGAAAACGUUCCAGCGGCAGCCAAACAAGUGGAUCAUUUAGCACUAGCACGUCUAGUACCGAUGGAAACUCAAACUCAAUAUCAAGUUGAAUAUGUUGAAAAACCAGUUAUACCCGUAUCACGUCGUCCAGUGCACAAUCCAGUGAAAGAAUCUCAAUUAAAUUUAACUGAACCAAGUGCAGCGAUUGCAUCUCAAACAACAACUCGAGCUCAUUUUAAAUCAUGGAAUACAGCACCUUCACAUCCAUACAGUGAAGUCCCAGCUAGUGCUGGUCAUAUUCUUUUUCCUGGUAAAGAUCGUAACUUUAAUACAACAAGUGGAAGUACAUUUCUAUCGUAUCCAAGCGGAUCACAUGUAAAACCAGCUGUUCAUCUUGAACAUAGUGGAAAUCUCAAAAUAUCUGGUUCAAUGGAUUUACUGACAAAUUAUCGACAUGAUUAUGUUACUCCUGAAUUAUCAUCAAUAAAACCUAGUCCAACUGAAAAUAAAAAAGGAACACAAGAAGAAAAAGUUUAUACGCGUCGUCCAAUGAAUGGAGUUUCUCAGACGACAUACGAUUUUCGUCCAUAUUCAAAACAACGUCCAACAGCACCAGCUGAUACCGAACCGUUUCUAUCUCAAAUUAAAAUAGGAAAUACAUAUACACCGAUAGAAAAAGAUAGUCAAUAUCGAGCUGAUUAUCCAGGCCAUAAUACAAAUCAACAUCCUCGACAACAAAUUGUAGCACCAAAAGAUUAUCAUCAACCCUAUAUGCCACCAAUGCAAAAGAUGGACACUAUGACAAUUACACAAAGAGAUUUUCAACCAAUUGAAAUCAGUGCUCUACCGCGUAUUCGACUUAUACCAUUAAAAUCAAAUUUAUCCGUAAAUGAUUCAGCGGGUCCAAUGGAAAAUAUGACGAUGUCACGAUUUCACUAUCAACCAUAUGAACCAGCAAUAUCUAAACGAAACUAUGGAGAAUUAAUGCCUAAUCUUUAUAUUCCACCAAUGGAAAAAUUUCAAGGUACAACAACAACACGUGAAACAUAUCAAGGAAGAUCAGGUAUACCUGCACGUGCUUGUAUUCCCGAACAAGAAACAAUUCGUCAAGUAGGUGAACAUGAUCAUAAUACAAAUUAUCGAAUGGAUUAUCAUCCACAUGGUGUUAGUUUAUGUGCUGCUAAAGCCUAUACGAUUGCUCAAAAGAACGAAACAACUGCAACGUCGAUACCUACUCAAUGA